AUAUGAGAGAGGGAAAGACCUCCAUGUGACGCAACCUUUUUUCGAAGUUUUCUUCAAUGAUUAUUUAAUACUCAAACCACACGCUUCUCUUCCCAACCCCUCGAAAGAAACCACCUACAAAGUAACUCUUCGUAUGUACAAUUAUUCCUGGAUCAAAACUCUGGCUGCGGAUCCAUUCUGCAGGGGCGACCGUGCUGUGGGGUGCACAGGCUGGCCGAGAUCCGUGCCAUGUGUGUGGGGCAGCCGGCGGCAAUGACGAGAGGCUGGAAUGCAAGCUUGCUUGCUCUUCGAGUCUCCUCCAGUUUUCUACCUUCUCACAACUUGACAUCGAGAACGCCCGGCUCGUCAAUUGUACGAUAGUGGUGGAUUUCGCGCAGGUUUAGGCGGGCAUUAUCUCCUUAUUUAUACUUGCUUAAAUAUUCACACCGCCAGCCAAUCCACAUUUUUGGUCUACACCGACAGCCCAGAGGCUUCCCGACGAUGCGCUUCGGCAAGACACUCCGAUUGUCGGUCUACCCGCCAUGGCAGGACAAGUACAUCGACUACGCGAAGCUCAAGAGCCUUCUGCGGGAGAACGAGCCCGAUGAUGAGGAGACGCCAUGGACCGAAGAGGACGAGAACCGCUUUUGCGAAGAGAUCUUCAACGUCCAGCUCGACAAGGUCGCCGAGUUUCAGGCCGAACAGGUCGAGAACCUGCGUCGCCGCAUCGACAGCGCCUUUGAGAAGCUCAAGGAGCUUCCCACGGCCGAGGAGGGCAAGCCGAAGCCGGAAGCCGACCCGCAGCAGCUCAAGGAUCUCGAGGCCGAGCUCGACGCCAUCACGAACGAGGUCAAGGAGCUGCAAAAAUACAGCAAUCUCAACUACACGGGCUUCCUCAAGAUUGUUAAGAAGCAUGACCGGAAGCGCGGCGACCGCUACAAGAUCCGCCCCAUGAUGAUGGUCAGCCUGGCCAAGCGGCCCUUCAACUCGGAGCAAGCCUACUGGCCACUGCUCAACAAGCUGUCCCUCAUGUACUUCGCCAUCCGCCAGCAGCUCGAGGAGCCCGGCGCGGCCGAUGCUUACCCCAUCGAUCCCAACAGCCAGCCCGAGACCCACAACGGGGAGAAGUACACGGCACACAAGUUCUGGGUGCACCCGGACAACCUGCUCGAGGUGAAGACGUACAUCCUCCGCCGCCUGCCGGCCUUGGUGUACAGCGAGCAGUCCGCCAAGGAGGUAGACGGGCAACAGGACCCAACCAUCACGUCGCUCUACUUUGACAGCCCCAAGUUCGACCUCUACCUGAAGAAGGUCGAGCGGAAGAUGGAGGCGUCGUCGCUGCGGCUACGUUGGUACGGCCAGCUGAGCUCCCGCCCGGACAUCUCCUUCGAGCAAAAGAUCCUGCACGACAACGGCACCAGCGAGGAACGCAAGUUCGUCAUCAAGGAGAAGUACAUCAAGCCUUUCCUGGACGGCGAGUACAAGAUGGAGAAGUCGGUGCAGAAGAUGGAGAGGAAGGGACAGAAGGCCGAAGACGUCGAGGCGUUCCAAUCGACAGCGGAUGCCAUCCAGGAGUUUGCCCGCGCGAACAAGCUUGAGCCGGCCGUAAGGGCCAAUUACAAGCGGACCGCCUUCCAGAAGCCGGGCGACGACCGCGUGCGCAUAUCGAUCGAUACCGACAUCGCCUUCAUACGGGAAGACACGCUCGACCGCGACCGGCCGUGCCGAGACCCCAAGGAGUGGCACCGCGCUGAUAUCGACAACAGCAACAUGACGUUUCCCUUCAACAACAUCAACCAGAGCGAAGUAUCGCGCUUCCCCUACGCCGUCCUCGAGAUCAAAUUGAGGGAGGACAACCGUGGCAAGCGCCCCGCCUGGAUUCAGGACCUGACCGGCUCCCACCUGGUCCACCCCUGCCCGCGCUUCUCCAAGUUCGUCCACGGCACCGCUUCGCUUUUCGAGGACUACGUCAACCGUCUGCCCUUCUGGCUCUCCGACCUCGACACCGACAUCCGCAAAGACCCGCAGGUCGCCUUCGAAGCGGAAGAAUCCCGCCGCGCCCAGCGCGCCGAAAACGAACAAGUCGUGGGCAGCUUCCUCGGCACCAAGCUCGGCUCCUACAAACCCACCCGCAGCUCACCCGUGGCCCGAUCCUACCUCGCCGACCGGCUCGCAGCCGAAACCCCCUCCCAGACCCCCAAGUCAGCCCGCUUUUCCCGGGGCAGCGCCGCCCAAGCCGACGAAGCGGGGGAGCCGAGCACCCUCAACAACGGCCAAUCCGACAACCAACAACCCGAGUCCCAGGCCGAACGAGAGGGGCGAGCCGGCGGCGGCCUCAACUACGGCACGCUAUCCUCGGUCUUCCCGGGCUUCUCGCUCUCCAAGUACUCGCGCGCCAAGCAGGCCCGCGAGGCCGCACGCCAGCAGCGCCGCGGCAGCGGCGCCACCCUCCCGCCCGGCGUCGUCGAGCCGACCGAGUGGAUCAAGAACGCGGGCCCCCUGCAGAUCGAGCCCAAGGUCUGGCUCGCCAACGAGCGCACCUUCCUCAAGUGGCAGCACAUCUGCGUGCUGCUGGGCGGGCUGGCUGUGAGCUUGUACUCGGCCGGUGGGGGCAGCGGGAACGGGCUUGCGCAGGCGAUGGGCGGGGUUUUUGUCGGUGUGGCGGUCUUUGCGGGGGCGUGGAGCUACUGGGUGGUGGUGAGGCGUCGUGAUAUGAUUGUCCAGCGGAGUGGCAAGGAUUUUGAUUUCUUGCUGGGGCCGUUGGUGGUGAGUGUCGCGUUGGCGGUCGCGUUGGUGGUGAAUUUUGUGUUUGCUUACCGAAAGGCUUUUGCUGAUGAGACGUUUGGUGAGGGUGCUGCUGGGGUGGGUGCGAAGGCGAGUUUGGUUGCUGAGAUGGGGGAUUUGCGGAUAUGAAGGGUCGGAUCCAGGUUGAGUGUUCGUGACGGGUUUUGGUGUCAUGGUGAGCUAAAUAGUUUGUAGUUUGUGAGGGGUGGAGUUGGAUAUGGAGGUGUAAGUCUUGAGCAAGGUUGUUGAGUGUCUCUUUUUGGGGGUAUCCGUGGUCAGUGGUAAGGGGUUUCACGGUUGUUGGUUUCAUGGUUAUACGAGUAGUCCUACGCAUCAGCAUGGCAGAGUGGCAUUGUUGGCGAUAGCAUCACUGGUUGUAUGAACAAGAUUGGUUGCGUUGAACUUGGGAUUUCCUCCAUUCGGUGCGGUAAUGGGGAUGUGGGUGUGUUGGUAUGCUAUUGCUCGUGGCUGGUAAGCCAGUCGCGAAGGAACAAAGAACUUGAUACUAUGGAGGAUACUUCAUUAAUGCACUCACGAUAGCACUCGGCAGCAUCAACAGCACCCAGGACGAUAAUAGAGGGAUGGUGACACAGAUAAUAAUUGCAUUUAAA